AUGGCAACAACACCAGAAGAAGAGCACGUGCAAAAUCUCCGAUCCAGAGCAACAGAGCUUUUCAUUAGAGAAGAAUGGAACCAAUCAAUCGAAGCAUAUUCCCAAUUCAUCACCCUCUGCACCCACCAUCUCUCUCUUCCUCAACCCCACUUCAGCUCACUCAAGCUUCGCAAAUCUCUCUGCAUAGCCCUAUGCAACCGAGCAGAAGCGAAGUCAAGAUUGCGCGAAUUCAACUCUGCUUUGCAAGAUUGUGAUCACGCUUUGCAAGUUGAUGGUUCCCAUUUCAAAACCCUAUUUUGCAAAGGUAAGAUUUUGCUUUCGCUUAGUAGGUACUCCAUGGCUCUUCAUUGCUUCAGAAUGGCUCUGAUUGAUCCUCAAGCGAAUGGGAAUGUUGAUUUUCUUGGGUUUUGGGAAAAAUGUAGAAAGUUUGAAUUUUUAUCAAGAACUGGGUUUCUUGAUCUUUCUGAUUGGGUUUCGAAUGGGUUUCUGGGUAAGGCUCCUGAGCUUGCUGAAUAUAUUGGUGAUGUUCAGAUUAGGAAAUCUGAAAUUAGUGGGCGGGGGAUUUUCGUUACUAAGGAUGUUGAUGCAGGGUCUUUGAUCUUGAUUACGAAGGCGAUUGUGAUGGAGAGGAGUAUAUUGGCAGGUAAAGAUUUGAGUGAAGAUACACAAUUAGUUAUGUGGACGAAUUUCGUUGAUAAAGUUAUAGAAUUGGUUAGGAAAUGUCAUAAAACUAGGGAUUUGAUUGAGAAAUUGUCAAUUGGGGGAAAGGAGGAUGAACUUGAUGUGCCUGAUGUAGAUCUCUUUAGGCCUGAGAGUGUUUGUGAAGUGAAUUCAUGCGAGGAAAUUGAUAUGGUUAAGUUAUUGGCUAUAUUGGAUGUGAAUUCUCUUACUGAGGAGGCGGUUUCGGCCAAUGUUUUGAGGAAGAACAAUGACUGUUAUGGUGUUGGGCUAUGGUUGCUUCCUUCGUUCAUCAAUCACUCAUGUACUCCUAAUGUGAGGCGUUUGCAUGUCGGGGAUUAUUUAAUAGUUCAUGCUUCGAGAGAUUUGAAAGCGGGUGAAGAGCUAACUUUUGCUUAUUAUGAUCCACUUUGCCCCUUGAACAAGAGAAGAGAUAUGUCUGUGACAUGGGGGAUUCAAUGCAGGUGCAAGAGGUGUAAGUUUGAGGUGGAUAUCUUGUACUGCAAGAAAGAGUUGAAGGAGAUUGAGAUCGGUAUUGAAAAAGGGAUGGAUGUUGGUAGUUUGGUGUAUAAACUCGAGGAACAAAUGAAGAGAUGGAAGAUAAGAGGGAAAGAGAAGGGAUACAUGAGGGCUUCGUUUUGGUCGUUGUAUUCAGAGACGUAUGGCUCCGACAAGUGUAUGAAGAAAUGGGGAAGGAGAAUUCCGAUAUUGGAUGCGGUGGUCGAUAGCAUCACAGAUGCAGUGGGAAGUGAUCACAGGGUGCUUAAGAUUAUGAAUGAGGAGUUGAAGAAAAAAGCUAGUGGUAGUAGUGGUGAUGGAAAUUUGGAGAUGGAGAAAGUUUUCAGGUUAACAAGAGAAGUAUAUGGAAAGGUAAUGAAAAAGCAUGCAAUGAGGAAAUUGCUUGAGCUUUGCAAUGCUGAUUAA